AUGGUCCCCACCCCACGAGGCCACCACAGCGGUGGAGGAACUUCGCGACACAACAAGCCCUGGCUCGAGAUUGUUCCUGAUCUGCGGUUCAUUGUGUUCAAUGGAGGCGAGCACGAAGCGCAGACGGUCAAGCUCACUGGUCGAGUGCGACUGCAUACCCCCGAGCCCAUGAGCAUUCUGAAGCCCAAGGUGCGGCUGGAGGGUAAGCGCAAGAUCAGCUGGUGGUAUAUGGGAGGUAUAUCCGCGGGGGAAGUGGUGGACAAGAGAGUGUUUUGGAAUCAGGAGCAGAGACUGGGCAUCGAGAGUGCGCACAAAGUCAAGGCGGGCACCAUAGAGUGGCCGUUCGAGUUUGAGCUGUCACCCUCGAUGCCUGAGAGUGUGGAGGGCCUGCGGGAGACGUAUAUCGCAUAUCACUUGCAUGCGAGCGUCUCGAGACCGGGCUGGAAUGCGAAAGAUCUCAUGGCGCAAGAGCACAUCCGCAUUGUGCGGACACUGGGUCAAGAUAGUAUGGAGAUGACGAGGUCAAGAGUCAACGCGGAUAUCUGGGCCAACAAGAUAUCGUAUAGCAUAUCAAUACCGACAGAUGCGAUUGUGUUUGGGACGUCGAUAACGGCAGACGUGGAAUUGUCGCCCAUCAAGAAGGGCAUACGACUUGGGAAGAUUGAGCUGCGGCUGAUGGAGACGGUGGUGAAAAGGAUACAGGCCAGCGAGGUUCCAGACAUCAGAGGAGACCGGUCGAAGACGGAGGAGACAGAAGUCGCAAAGGCAGACAUGGAGUUCCCGGAACAAUCGAGGAUCAUCUACGACGACGAAUCGAUCGAUAAUCCGACCAUGGCCGACGAGAUGUACAAGUUCAAGGCGACGCUACCGCUGCCCAAAUCACUCAAUGUCUGCCGGCAGGAUGUUGAUUCGCACAACAUCAACAUCACGCACCGUUUCAAAUUAAUGGUCAACAUCCACAACCCCGAAGGUCACGUAUCGCAGCUGGUCUGUCGAUUACCCGUGAAGCUCUUCAUUUCACCGAAUCUGCCUGUCGAUGAGAGGAACGAGGUGUGUCCGAGUGCGAAUGGAGUGUCAGACGCAGAGUUGAACAACUCUGAAACGGUGGUGGUCGCCCCUCCUGAGUAUGGACGUCAUCAGUUGGAUCAAAUCUACAGCGAUAUCGAUCCCAGUGGCUUCAUGAGCAGAGCAGGCAGUGGCCCGGGAACACCAGCUGGGUUCCUCGCCCAAAGUCGACGAGGUUCCCACGAGAACGUGUUGUCGAUAAACGGGAUAGCUGACAGCGAUCCGUCCGAGCACCACGGCAGUGCGAUGCCACACCUGUUGCACUCCCGCCUCGCAAAUCUGCAAGAGAAUGGCUCAAGUCAUGGAUCCCAUUACUCGGGCACGUCACGCAACCACAGUCCGUCAGGUGGGAACUCGCCCGCACCUGGCAUGUCCGAUGCGAACGAGCAACACUCGCCGGAGCGCAAUCACAACGGCGGCAGCAAUCAUGCCCAACAGCGCCCAGCCCAAGCUCCACGAAGUGCCAGCUCGUACUUCCCUGCCACAUCAGCCGGUCACUCGCCGCACACGAGCGCCCCCAUGUCGCGACGCACGUCGGACGAGCACGACACGACAGACCAAGGAAUCCACCAGAACGACUACAACCUGGCGGACCUGUCACGUGUGCCGUCCUACGGCGCGGCGCUGCGCACCCCAGGCGCCAUCACGCCUUUCACCGAAGGCCCGCCCAGCUACAUCGAAGCAACGUCGCGCCCGCCCUCGCCGAUCCAGAUCCAGAGACCCGGCCAGGCGCAUGUGCGAUCUGGCGCUAGCACGCCCAAUUCUCACUCGAGCCAGCAGACGCUGACGAUGCCGUUCUCGAGCUUGAACUUGGGCAUGAUCCAGGAAGGCGUCCCCGUUAAUGGGGCGGGUGGUAAUGCUGUUGCCCAAUCGCCGCCGCAGAGAUCCCAUGUUCCUCACGGCGGGCAUCAUGACGACGAGUCGAGACUGAGGAUGCUCCCCGCACGGAACUAG